AUGUCCAAAGGCGAGUGUCCCAUCAAGGUAGCCAACGUCGCUGGCGGCGGCACCACAAAGGCCGACUGGUGGCCCAACGAGCUCAAGGUCAACAUCCUGAGACAGCACGACCCCCGCCAGAACCCCCUGGGCGCCGACUUCAACUACGCCGACGAGUUCAAGAAGCUCGACUACGAUGCGCUGAAGAAGGACAUCGCCGCGCUGAUGACGGACUCGCAGGACUGGUGGCCCGCCGACUUUGGCCACUACGGCGGUCUCUUCAUCCGCAUGGCCUGGCACUCGGCCGGCACCUACCGGGUCUCGGACGGCCGGGGCGGCGGCGGCGAGGGCCAGCAGCGCUUUGCCCCCCUCAACGCCUGGCCCGACAACGUCUCGCUCGACAAGGCCCGCCGCCUGCUGUGGCCCAUCAAGCAAAAGUACGGCAACAAGAUCUCCUGGGCCGACCUCAUGCUGCUCACCGGCAACGUCGCCCUCGAGUCCAUGGACUGCCCCACCUUUGGCUUCGCCGCCGGCCGCCCCGACACCUUCCAGUCGGACGAGUCGGUCUACUGGGGCGGCGAGACCGAGUGGCUGGGCAACGACGUCCGCUACGCCGACGGCAACAAGGGCGUCAAGGGCGAAGGCAUCGUCGACGGCGACCAGCACAAGAACGACGUCGCCUCCAAGGAAGACACCCACACCGCCCGCGACCUCGAGAAGCCCCUCGCCGCCGCACACAUGGGCCUCAUCUACGUGAACCCCGAGGGCCCCGACGGCGUCCCCGACCCCGUCGCCGCUGCCCACGACAUCCGCACCACCUUCGGCCGCAUGGCCAUGAACGACGAGGAGACGGCCGCCCUCAUCGUCGGCGGCCACUCGUUCGGAAAGACGCACGGCGCCGCGCCCUCGGAGAACACGGGCACCGACCCCAACGGCGCCGACCUGGCCGAGCAGGGCUUUGGCUGGAAGAACGCCCACGGCUCCGGCAAGGGCCCCGACACCAUCACAUCCGGCCUCGAGGUCACCUGGACCGGCACGCCCACCAAGUGGAGCAACAAGUACCUCGAGUACCUGUACAAGUUCGAGUGGGAGCUCGAGAAGUCGCCCGCCGGCGCCAGCCAGUACGUCGCAAAGGGCGCUGACGCCAUCAUCCCCGACGCCUACGACGCCAACAAGAAGCACAAGCCCCGCAUGUUGACCACCGACCUGUCCAUGCGCUUCGACCCCGACUACGAGAAGAUCACCCGCCGCUGGCUGGACCACCCCGACGAGCUCCACGACGCCUUCACCCGGGCCUGGUUCAAGCUCCUCCACCGCGACAUGGGUCCCCGCUCCAGGUGGCUCGGUCCAGAGAUCCCCAAGGAGGUCCUCAUCUGGGAGGACCCCGUCCCCGAGCAGCAGGGCGAGCUCAUCGGCGAGGCCGACAUCUCGUCGCUGAAGAAGGAGAUCCUCAACGCCGGCCUCGAGCCCUCCAAGCUCAUCCGCGUCGCCUGGGCGUCGGCUGCCUCUUUCCGUGGCUCUGACAAGCGUGGCGGUGCCAACGGUGCCCGCAUCCGCCUCGAGCCCCAGAAGAACUGGAAGGUCAACAACCCCUCGGAGCUUCAGGAGGUCCUCAAGGCCCUCGAGGGCAUCCAGUCCAAGUCCAGCAAGAAGGUCUCCCUCGCUGACUUGAUCGUGCUUGCCGGUGUCGCCGCUCUCGAGAAGGCUGCUGGUGUCUCCGUUCCCUUCACACCCGGCCGCACCGACGCCACGCAGGAGCAGACCGACGCCCAGUCUUUCGACCACCUCGAGCCCGUCACCGACGGCUUCCGCAACUUCGGCAAGGGCACCGACCGCGUCCGCACCGAGCAGCUGGAUCUCGACAAGGCUCACCUUCUCAAGUUGACCGCGCCGGAGAUGACCGUUCUUGUUGGUGGCAUGCGUGCUCUGAACGCCAACUGGGAUGGCUCCUCGCACGGUGUCUUCACCAAGCGCCCUGGCCAGCUCACCAACGACUUCUUCGUCAACCUGCUUGACACCAACGUCGCCUGGAAGGGGGCCGACAACGCCAGCCCCAACGAGCUGUACGAGGGCACUGACCGCAAGUCCGGCCAGAAGAAGUGGACAGGAACCCGCCACGACUUGAUCUUCGGUUCGCACCCGGAGCUGCGCGCCAUCGCCGAGAUCUACGCACAGCCUGACAACGCCGACAAGUUCGUCAAGGACUUUGUAGCAGCAUGGGACAAGGUGAUGAUGUUGGAUCGUUUCGACGUCAAGGCGAAAGCGGUGAGUGGCACAUCAAGUAUUUCGACCAGGCCCCGUCUUUGAGCGAGCGAUUCUUCUGUUGCCUUUGCGCUUUCUGUACCAACAUGUUCGCUUCUCGCUGCCGCGUCUCAGAUGAAACGACAAGAAGCGCGGUCCACUGACGAGUAACGAUAGUAA